AUGUCUAAAUUUGAGAACUAUUAUGUCCUUAGCAUUUGCAAAACAUUACUAAUUUGUGGUCUAGUCCUAUACUUGUGCACCAUUUUAUUUUUCAAUGACUCUAAUCAUUUUGCAUCUUCUGAUCUUUUCUCUUCUUUGAAAUCCACAAUAUCAUGUCCAUCUACUACUCAAACAACAAGUAUAUCAUCCACCAACAUUAGUCACAUUAUUUUUGGACUUUUAGGGUCACAAAAAGCUUGGCACCAUAGAAAAUCAUAUAUUGAAUCAUGGUGGAGACCAAAUAUUACAAAAGGACAUCUUUUACUAGAUGUUCCUCCUCAAGGUGAUGAUCUUCUCCCAUGGUCCUUAAAUUCACCUCCUUAUCGAAUAUCCGAUAAUGUCUCAAAACUUCUUAAGGAAACAAAUCAUGUUGAGCCAAGAGUUUUAAGAAUGGUUCAUGGGAUUAUGGAGGUAGUUAGGGAGGUACAUGAAGGGGUAAGAUGGAUAAUUAUGGGGGACGAUGAUUCAAUAUUUUUUGUGGAUAAUAUGGUUGAUAUUCUUGCGCAAUAUGAUCAUACAAAGUAUUAUUAUUUUGGAGGACAUUCAGAAUUUAUAUUGUCAAAUUAUUGGUACUCAUUUAAUCAAGCUUUUGGUGGAGCUGGAAUUAUAAUGAGUUAUCCUUUGGCUAGAGAAUUUGCAAAAAAUGUUAUGUCUUGCUUAAAGAGAUAUGCACACUUGACAUCUGCUGAUAGAACAACAAUGAAUUGUAUAGCUGAUAUUGGAGUCAAUCUUUCUCCUCUUCAGGGUAUUCAUCAGAUUGAUCUUCGUGGUGACAUAUCUGGAUUUCUAUCAUAUCAUCCAAAGUCUCUAUUAACGUCCCUUCAUCAUUUUGACAUGGUUGAUCCAAUUUUUCCUUCUAUGGAUCGUGUAAAAUCAGUGUUCCACCUUCAAAAAGUUGCAAAAUAUGAUCAAUCGCGCAUGUUACAACAAACUAUAUGUCACAAAAAAUCUAGCAAUUGGACAUUUUCAGUUUCUUGGGGAUACUCAGCUCAUAUUUAUGAGAAAAUUAUGCCUAGAAGUUGGAUACAAAGGCCAAUUGAAACGUUUAAAACAUGGCAACCAAGUCCUAAUCCACCAUAUUACAUGUUUGAUGUUAGAAGUCCAUCUUGGGAUCCUUGUGAAGCUCCUCAUGUUUUUUUCUUCAAGUCCGUUAAAAAAACUCAAAGAGGUGAAAUUGUUACUACGUAUACUAGAGGAUGGCCUCGAGGGAUAGAAGCUUGUUUGUCUUCUGGAAAUUUUUCUGCAGAGUAUGUUUCUGAAAUUCAUGUUUACUCGUCAACAACCAAACGUAUCCGGAUCGAUAAAUGUGAAUGUUGUGAUAUAAUCCAUGAGGCAGGAUCAAAUAAGGCAGAUAUCAAAUAUAGAGAGUGUAAGAUAAAUGAGAUAAUAGCUUGA